CUUGAGGACAUUACCCACCAUCCACUCCAACUAGGGUGCGGUUCAAUGUACGGGUUCGCGCUUGUCCUGCACAGAUUUGUGCUGUUCCUUUGUUCUAUCUGGCCUGGUGCCAAAAGAGGAGAUGGACUGGCGAGCCUCGGCAAAAUCUCUCACGGUAGGCUCUGUUGGUCGGAGAAGGGACUUCGAUGAUCCCCAGUGGCAGCUUUUGAAGUGUAUGACUGACAGGCAGCAGGAAAUCUUGUCGUCAGGAGCCAGAACUAGGGUGGUCUAUGCGAUGUUCGCAUGCCGCCGCCGCCGAAAAGGCUGGAAAGAGCAACAAGAUACUUACCUACACGAAGUCGUGAGGAUGAUACAGCUUGGAUAUGAUACCUCAAGACCAAAAGCAUGUCAUCUGUCGGUCUUGCUUAUUCCACCAUGAGCCCUGUCAUCAUAAGUCAUUUUCGGUCCCUUUGCGAUAUGUCUCUGAGUGUUUGGAUGCGUCGGGGUCCGAUAAACCAGAGCAUCGGGAUGUGAUUUGGAUUCAGCUUGCAUCUCUCGUGGUCCUCAACACUGUCAACCGAACCCGGUUUGACAGGCAACGGAUCCUACAUACCUCUACCCCAGACAUUGGAUCAUGCCGAGGGGACGAAGCUUCGUCGCCGAGUUGUGAUCCCCUCUUUGGGCAGAAUUGACUUGCAUCAAUCUUUGCACGUACAAUCUCACUUGGGUCACCGCAACAAAAUACGCACUCAAUGUGUUGGAUGGGUACGAAAAGGGGCGCAUGCGAUUGUCCACAAGUCACCAAGCAAGGCGUCAACAACCCCCUGAAUUCCCUCAGGUUGAUUUGCUUACAUCCUACAUUGACUCGACUUGGCUUGACGUUGCU